AUGUGCUCUUACAUGACGUAUUGAUUAUUCCCCGUCAAGAUGGCAGACGAAGACAUGUCUCCUCUGCAUCGUAAAAAGCCCUGUCGUGCAUGUAGAGAUUUCAAGUCAUGGAUGAAUCAAGGGAAUAGAAACAAAAGUACUAUGAGUAAUAACAAGAACUCGUCUCAAAGCCAUGACUCAGCAUCUCAGGAUGAAUCCAGUGUAGAGUGUCCCCUCGAUAGGCAAGAACUUGGCCGAUCAACAUGGAACUUUCUUCACACAAUGGCUGCAUAUUAUCCAGACAAUCCUUCCCAACAACAACAAAAUGACAUGGCUAGUUUUGUAAAAAUAUUUUCCAAAUUUUAUCCUUGUGAAGACUGUGCUUCACAUCUUAGAGAAAGGUUACAAACUCACCCCCCUGACACAAGCAACAGAUACAGUUUUUGUCAGUGGAUGUGCCAUAUGCACAAUGAAGUAAACAGGAGGCUUGGAAAAAAAGAAUUUGACUGUUCAAAGGUUGAUGAGCGAUGGCUUGAUGGGUGGAAAGAUGGAUCAUGCGACUAAUCAAUGUAUAUAGUAUUACAAUAUGAUUAGUCAUCAGUGUCUAAAAACUGUAAUAGUACUACGCAGGAACCAUGCAGGAGGAGGGGCUGGGGGACUGUAGCCCCCCCACUCUUUUAAAUUAAACAAAAAGUUAUUUAACAAAAAUAACAGAGCCAAAAAUAGCCCCCCCACUCGAAAACUUGCUGCAUGUUACUAAACAUCUUUCAAAAGAAAUAUUGCUUAUUUAAAUGAUUCUCCAGUGUGCUGGUAGAUCCAGUAUAGUUAGGGGAGAAAUAUUGUUGAGACAAUGAAAUAUAACAACAAAAAUAAAAAUGAGACAAUAUGUUAACCUUAGAAAAUUAGGUAUUUAAUCGGUGCCUUCAGGGUGUAAGGAAUAUGGAUUUUUAUGAACAAAAGCUAAGCUCUUCUCAAAUAGGAGUUGUGCAACCUUCAAACAAAUAGAUGUUUCCCCCACCAGAAAAACAAAUACAAAAGCAAAUGCUCCUCUUUGAGCUUGGCAAAAUUACUAUUAUUACUUGAGAGGAAGUAAGAUAUAGCAAUACUUUGUAGUAUUCAGUGAUAUCACUGUAAUUUGUAAAUUAAGGUCACAAGAAUGAAGGAGACAAUCACCUACUAAAGUAGCUCCUGAUUGUUAACAAAUUUUCCUUGUCAGCACCUUACAAUUAACAUACACAGAAUGGUAUGAUGAAUAUGCAUACUGAUGUUAGGGUGUAAAGGGUUACCUCUCCUACCCUUAGAGGUUAUGAAGUGAUUGAGGUGUGGCCUCUUUUAACACCAGAGAAUAGGCAUAUGAUACAACAGUCACAGGUUGGUGUCUUUAUGUAUUACCAAAUUCCCUUUAGUAAUUUUCAAGGACAUUUACAGUGCAUAGAAGCAAGAAUUACAAUCACUUCAUAGGAGA